ACGCACACACACACAGAGGCACGCACGCACGCGUGUGUAUCGUGAGCAGGACUGAUGAAGGCAGAGCAAAGGGGCGUGUGAGACUGCAGUUGCAUCCUUCUUCUUGCAUCCCUCCAUUCGACGUGUGUGGAGCGACAGCACAGCUGCUUCCUCUACCUCCUGUGCUCCAAACGCUGAAUCCGGCAUGUUCUGCUUCUGCCUGCAGAGCUCGCUGAUGAAGCUCCAGGCUCUGGAAGGAGAUUCCAGCCCAUCUUCAGAACCCUCUCCCGAAGACAGUCCACCCAUCCUGGGAUUCAAAGAGGAGAUCCAGGCUCCGUCAUGCAAUGGCGUGGAAGAAGAAAACAGCCCACUAGACUACAGGCUGGCAGAGGGUGACUGUAGCAGUGAUGUUCAGCAGAGCCCGGGGCCCAGUCGACUCAUCCAGCACAUCACAGAUGACAACAGCCCCCUACUCUCCCCACGCUGCUCCAGCCUCAGCCAGAGCCAACGCUUCAACACAGACCCAGAGUCUGCCCCGUCUCCACCCUGCACACAGCAUCUCUUUAUGGCUCGUGAGGUUGUUAGAACGGAGGUUUCUGGAGACGCUAAAGAAGUCGCCUCUAUACCCCUCCUCACCAAACACAUCCAGACACUCAAAAGGAAAAUGAGGAAAUUUGAGGAGCACUUUGAGCAGGAAAUGAACUAUAAGCCUUCACAUAAUGAUAAAUCAGCCAAUCCAGAGAUUUUCAAGCUCAUGAGCGAACUGGCCAGAUCUCGCAAACAGCUCAAAGAUUUAAAGCUGAGACAGUCAUUUGAGCACUCCCGAAGGCAAGACGGUAGUGAGUCCACAGAGAUCUGCAGGUACACUAACGGCCAGCAGGAGGCGCCAGAGCAGCAGACCCAGCAGCACAAACCCUCUCUAGAGGAAACUGUUGACUCGCUCCUCAGACGGCUGCGGGAGAAACGGCAGUCCCUCGGCCUCCCAGACAACAUGAAGGAGAUGACCCAGAGACAAAUGGCCCUGGAGAAAAUCACACUGCAGAAAUGUCUGCUGUAUUUUGAGAGCUUGCACGGUCGUCCCGGCACCAAACAAGAGAAAAACCUGGUGAAACCUCUCUACGACAGAUACCAGAUGGUUAAACAAAUCCUGUGUGCCACUCCCACCAUCACAACAAUAGAAGAAGAAGAGGAGUCAGAUGAAGACUCUGUUCGGUACACACCUCCUCCCAUGUAUCUCACAGAAAGGAGAGGCUGUGGGGAGGAGGAGGGAGAUAGUGAUCCAGCAUUUGUGUCCCCGCUGGACGAGAUCAAGACUGUGAGACAGUCAGCCAUUACCAUGUCCAGCCUUCACGAGGCCUCCAGGUCUGAGUUGCUGGAGUGUUUGCGGGAGACUCGAGUGGAGAAAAAGAGACGGCGUAAAGCCAUCAGAGAGUUUGAAGAGCAAUUCUUGAGACAGAUGGGAAGAACGGCGCAAAAAGAUGAUCGAAUCCCCAUGGCUGAGGAAUACCAGGAGUACAAAAGUCUCAAAGCCAAAUUACGCUUACUGGAAGUGUUGCUCAGCAAACAGGAAACCACAAAGACUAUUUGAUUCAAUGGGAUUUGUUCUGCCUUUCAGUAUUGAACCCAAUGUUUGGACCAAAUAGACUUUUUACAUUUGACAUAUUUGUGCCAUAAAGAUGCUAAAAUGCACUUUAUUAUUAUUUCUGUGUUGAAUUGACCACACUGGAAGUCCUAGACUCAAGGCUGGGCAAGGCCUUUUUUGGUGGCUACUGUAACAUAAACGUAGUGUGCAAUCUCUGUGCUGUGUACAGAGCGAGAUGGAUCUAUACAAACCUAAUAUUUCAUAUUUCAGUGGGUGAAAAGGAAAUGUUUAUGGAAUACGGCACUUUAUUUUUGGAGGAGAUUUUUUUAACCAAAGUCUAAAUCAUAUGCAAUUUUCAAAUUUUCUUGCUCUUAUUUGAAGGUAAUUUAUGAUUACUAAUUAGGAACAUGGUGACAAUAUGCACACUAAUGAGGAUCCAUGAUUCUCUGGGGCUAGGAGCUAUGGCCCGCUCAAAUAAUGCAAUGCUCUUAAUAGAAAACAACCCACAGCACUUAAAAUAAUAAUUUUAUGCAAAUUUCAGUGAUUUCCCUCGCAUAGACUUGCAGAGACCAACCAUAAUUGUAUGCAUUGUAAGAACAAACACAAGUAAUUGUGUUUAUUUCUCAUAUAUUUGUCUCCUAGUAUGAAAAAAAAAUAUAUAUGAUAUUUUAUAACUGGAGCAUGAAAUGAGAAGUACUGAAAAUGUUCUAGAUAGUAAAGAUAGAAAGAAAUCCAAGGACUGUAUUUGAAAAGAUAUCUAUAGUAAAUCUACUCAGUUUAAAAUUGUGUUAAAUAAGGUACAUGGCCAUCACAGAGCACAGUUUUCCUCCUAUACAUGAAAAAUAAGUCAUAAUAUUUUAAGUCAGUGGUUAAAAUGACUAUUGAACACUGUCAAAUCACAUUUUAAGCUAAAAACAAUACUGAAGCCCAAAGCAGAAGAUAUGUUCAUAAGAAGCAGACGAGUGCUUGAAGUGCAAUUCUGCUCAAGUAGCUACUCAAAACGAAACAAUCAAUAUCUUUCUUUCUCCGGCUCUACUGCAAUGAACUAUAACAGUCUUUGUGUUGUGUCUUUGCAUGCCAACCAGCGUAAACUGUUGAAUUGUGCUACAAUCAGGUGUGGUUAUUCUGUGUCAUGUUAUCUUUGUCCCAGAUUUGCUAUAGACACAAUGCUACAAUGACAAAUGUAGCUUUUGAAUAUUAGCUAUAGUGCACGUAAAUACGACAUUGGUUUAUAAAGUAAAUAUAUCAUUUCUAUAUAUUUGCUUUACCGUGAACCCAUUCUUUUCCAUCGCCAAAGUCUUCUGUAUUGUGCACUUCUGUUUCUGUCCAUUUUCUAUUCACCAGUUAAAAAAUAAAUAUUUUAUCUAUCUACACGUCUCAUCACAUAUAUUAUAUGUUAAAUCACAGUAUACUUGAGGGGUUGGAAUAAAUAACAUGAAACACUGCUGAAGAAGAGUCAUGGAAUUGCUUAUGUCAAUGUGUUGUUUUGUUUUUUAAUUGCAAUCAUGCUUAGAUUUUUUUAGAUAUCCAUGAACUCACUCGAUAUUGUAAUUCUUACAUUAUCACAUUCAUAAUGCCUCAUCAAAAUGUUGUUUUGCCUGACUGCUGUGAGAAUUUGUGUUAAACUUUGGUAAAUGUUACAAUGCUGCGUUCUAAUGGGAGGGGACAUCAUUAAAGGUUUGACAGCCAAUAGGAUUAAAGAAGCAGUUUGAUUGACGGGUGAUUGAGUCAACAUCCCAACACAGAUAGAAAAAUAGGAGCACGACAUACAUUAUCUAACCCGACCUUGGUCAGGAUUGACAAGCUAUUAAAAGAAAAGGGCAUUUUGUCAAAAGCAGUAAGAUACAUGGUGCGGAGGAGCCUUUGGCUUUGUUCAAACUGCACAUAAAUCCCCAAAAAUCCAUAAAUUGAAAUACAAUCUUUACGACUCUUAGGCUCUAUUUUUGUAGCUGCGCUAAGCCAGUGCUACGCACAAUGAGAUGACUAUGUGCUAUAGCCUACGUCUUCUCAUUUUCAAGACGGUGCUAAUUUUAAGCACAUUUUUUGUGCCAACACGAAGCGCAAGUGGGUAUGGGUGGGAGUGUUUGCGCUAUCUGUGGGUGUAUAUGUGCAAACGGUGUAUUGUAUUUGUGACAGAAAUUAAAUAUAUAAUAGGACGCAGACAGUGGAAUAACUGGAGAAGAACAUCAGAAUGAAAUUACACUUGUCCAGCCCAUCUGCGUUUUGCACGUGCAAUUUCACCAAACCCACUUGCGCCUAGGCUUAACACAUGCUUGCACGAAAAUAUAAAAACUUCAUUGCAAUGCCCAUGGACUUUGCUCGUAUGGCUUAAAGCUGAAGAAUGUAACUUUUUCAGUGUUAAAAUACUUCCUUCUACCCAAGCUUAAUAUGCAGAGACAACUAUGAGAAAGUCAUUCAGAGGUUAAUUUUCACGAAAGUGGUAAACACUAUAAAAUUCCUGUGUUUGUUUAGAGUGACCCGCCUAGACCCGCUUGGUGUGAGUUGGUGACGGGACAAUCCUGUUGUUCAAACAACAGCAGACGAGGUUAUUUUCAGAAAGCUAUAUUGAAACCAUUGUUUAUUUUUGCACUUCUGUUCAGCGGCGCGAGUGUCAGAGAAAUGACAUACUUCAGCUUUAAAUCACUUGCACUGCGCCUAGCACUAGCACUCUUAAAAUAGUGCCCUGACUGUUCACACGCUCAUUCUCUAAGUGAUGAAAUCUGUUUUGUUUGUUCAAAGAGAGUUGUCAAUAUCACGUGUGUCCACAUUAGUUGCUAUAAUACUAAUGUAACUGUCAGCAUGAUGCCAUAAGACUCAUUCAACAACUGAGCAAAGCUUUCAGUGUGAAAAAUACGGAACGGAAUACGGAGGGUGGGAAUUUAUUCUCUUAAAGUUUAGCAUUUUCUCAAAAUAGUUUUGUGUUCUCUCACAAUAAAUGUUGCGAUCCCUCGCAAGAGUUUUAUGUUCCCUCACAACUAUUUGGGAUUUUCUCGCAGUUUAACUACAGUAUUUGGUAUUUGUAGCACAACCAUAACUAUGGUAAUGCAAAUCCUAAACAUUUGCAAAUGCAAAAAAAAACAUGGUAACUACAAUUUGAGUCUAGUAACACCAUAGUUAAUCUGUGGUGCAUGUUCCUAAAAACUGCGGUAACCAUGACCGAUACUGUAAAUUAUAUAUAUAUAUAUAUAUAUA